AUGCAUAUUGGACUAUUGAUGUAUUCUGACAAAGCAUUAGUUAUUGCCACUGAAGAGGAUCAUAAACUCAAAAUGUUGACUAGAUUUUUAGAAACAGCAAGCAGUGUUUUGAAUUAUUUUGAACCAUUUUUAGGAAGAAUUGAAAUUCUAGGUGGCCAAAAUAGAAUAGAGAGAGUUUAUUUUGAAAUAAAAGAAUCAACAAUAAAUCAAUGGGAAAAACCUCAAAUCAAGGUAACAAUGUUUAAAUUUUUCAGAUCAGCUUUUGAACCUGUGAAGCGAGGUCUUCGUUAUGUUUUUAAUUUAAUUGUUUCAUUCUUGUGCUUAUUCACACCAUCAAAUCUUAAAAAACAAUAUGCAAUCAUGUGUCAGAAAACAUAUCUUGAAUUGAUAAAAGGUUUCUUCUUGAUUAUUUUUAACACAUUUUUCUACACUGGAUGGUAUAUAUAUUUCUCAGUUAGAGCAGUAACAAAAUUCAUUAUGUUGCUAAUGGGAGGUCAACCUUUAUAUCCUGUUCCUGAAGAAGAAGAAACAAUGAAAGUAGACUUAUUUUUCAAACCAGGUGUAAUGGUUCCUAUGGGUACACCUCUUGCAAUAGAGACUAUGCCAAUGGGUGAAUUAGCACUAUUAGGAGAACCAUCAGAAACAGUUGCUCCAAUGCAAGCAUUUGGUGUUGAUAUUACUAAAGAAGAAGAAGAUGGUGAAAUUAGGUAUCACAUGGCACCCACUCAAACACAACCUGAAAUUACACCUCAGUCAAGUUUGGAACUUUCAGAACAAGAACAGACAAGUGAAGAAGAAAGCAAAGCAUCACCCACAUCAGAAGCUAGUCCUGACAAAGCGAUAACAGAUGGUGCUACACCUGAAACAAUGUUUAAAUUUUUCAGAUCAGCUUUUGAACCUGUGAAGCGAGGUCUUCGUUAUGUUUUUAAUUUAAUUGUUUCAUUCUUGUGCUUAUUCACACCAUCAAAUCUUAAAAAACAAUAUGCAAUCAUGUGUCAGAAAACAUAUCUUGAAUUGAUAAAAGGUUUCUUCUUGAUUAUUUUUAACACAUUUUUCUACACUGGAUGGUAUAUAUAUUUCUCAGUUAGAGCAGUAACAAAAUUCAUUAUGUUGCUAAUGGGAGGUCAACCUUUAUAUCCUGUUCCUGAAGAAGAAGAAACAAUGAAAGUAGACUUAUUUUUCAAACCAGGUGUAAUGGUUCCUAUGGGUACACCUCUUGCAAUAGAGACUAUGCCAAUGGGUGAAUUAGCACUAUUAGGAGAACCAUCAGAAACAGUUGCUCCAAUGCAAGCAUUUGGUGUUGAUAUUACUAAAGAAGAAGAAGAUGGUGAAAUUAGGUAUCACAUGGCACCCACUCAAACACAACCUGAAAUUACACCUCAGUCAAGUUUGGAACUUUCAGAACAAGAACAGACAAGUGAAGAAGAAAGCAAAGCAUCACCCACAUCAGAAGCUAGUCCUGACAAAGCGAUAACAGAUGGUGCUACACCUGAAGUAAACCAUAUUGGUAAAGAAAUAGUCCCAGUAUCUGAUGUUCCACAACCCCCUGAAGCACCUCAGAAAGUUCCAGUUAUGAUGCCAAUGGCAGCAGAACCACAAGCAUCUGCUGAACCACCUCCACCAGUUGCAGCAAUUGAUUUAAGUGAAUAUACUCAAAAAUUUGUGAGCUUCCUUGCCAGAAAUUUUUAUACUAUGAAAUAUAUGGCACUUGUAAUGGCAUUUUGUAUCAAUUUCAUUCUCUUAUUUUACAAGGUAACUAGUCCAGAAGUUGAUGAUGAUGAUGAAGAAAAUGGUGAAGAAGAAGAAAAUGGUGAUAUAAUGGGAAAUUUUACUGAAGAAAUUGAUGAUGGGGGAAUUUUAGGGGAUGAUGAUGACGAAGAUAUAGAAGAAUGGGUAGUAAUAGAAGAGAAAGUAUUUUAUCUAGAGCCAGUUAUAAGAAUGUUAGCACUAUUGCAUUCCUUGGUUUCAUUUUGUAUGUUAAUUGCAUAUUAUAAUUUAAAAGUUCCUUUAGCAAUAUUUAAACGAGAAAAAGAAAUUGCAAGAGCUGUUGAAUUUGAUGGACUGUAUAUUUCAGAACAACCUUCAGAAGAUGAUAUACAUGGUCAUUGGGAUAAAUUAGUAAUAAGUACAAGGUCAUUUCCUGUAAAUUAUUGGGACAAGUUUGUCAAAAAAAGAGUAAGAGAAAAGUACAGUGAAACAUAUGAUUAUGAAGCAAUUAGUAAUUUAUUGGGAAUGGAUAAAAGUGGGUCAUUCAGACAAGAAGAAGAAAUUACUGGAUUCUGGAGCUUAAUUACUAGCAUGGACUGGAAAUAUCAAAUAUGGAAAGCUGGAGUCACAUUUACAGAUAAUUCUUUCCUGUACAAUCUUUGGUAUUUUACAUUCUCUGUGAUGGGAAAUUUCAAUCAUUUUUUCUUUGCUGCACAUUUAUUAGAUGUAGCAGUAGGAUUCAAAACUUUACGGACGAUUUUGCAGUCUGUAACGCAUAAUGGAAAACAGUUGGUUUUAACAGUUAUGCUGUUAACAAUUAUUGUUUACAUAUACACAGUAAUUGCAUUUAAUUUUUUCCGAAAAUUUUAUGUCCAAGAAGAAGAAGAACAAGUGGAUCAAAAAUGUCAUAAUAUGUUAACGUGUUUUGUCUUCCAUUUAUAUAAAGGUGUAAGAGCAGGUGGUGGUAUAGGUGAUGAAAUUGAGCCACCUGAUGGAGAUGACUAUGAAUUAUACAGAAUUAUUUUUGACAUCACAUUUUUCUUCUUUAUCAUUGUCAUCUUGUUAGCCAUCAUUCAAGGUUUAAUUAUUGAUGCAUUUGGCGAAUUGAGAGAUCAGUUACAGAGUGUAGUGGAAGAUAUGGAGUCAAAUUGUUUCAUUUGUGGGAUUGGAAAAGAUUAUUUUGAUAAAGUUCCACAUGGAUUUGACACUCAUGUCCAAAAGGAACAUAAUUUGGCAAAUUAUAUGUUCUUUCUUAUGCAUCUUAUAAAUAAGCCUGAUACAGAGUAUACUGGACAGGAAACCUAUGUUUGGGAAUACUAUCAGAAAAGAUGCUGGGAUUUCUUUCCAGUUGGAGAUUGUUUCCGUAAACAAUAUGAAGGUGAAUUAGAGGGAACUGGAUAGAAUUUUUAAAAUUUUCAAUAUGUAUGACAAAAUUUAUGCAAUGUGAUUUGUUAUUUAUAUUUUGACUACUGUCAUCAAUACAUGCUCCAAAUAAUUUAGGAGCAAACGAACUCUUAAAAUCAUUACAUCAUUGACAACAUUACAUUAAAUUUCAAAUCAUUGGCCCAAUUAUAAAAUACAUCAUGAUACAUUUUAUUUGCUCUGCGUGUAUGUUUUUACUAUUUUUAUUAAAAAAUUUUAAUUGAAUAUUAUAAAAAAAAAUAUAAAAACAAAAAUCAGUUCCACAAAGUAGGAACUACAAAAUAUCUCUUAUGCAAUGCUGUCUUUUAAGCCUUCUACAAACAACAUAUAAAAUCAUGUAAAUUCCAUGAUUUGGUGCUAUGUUGUAUAUUAUAAUUGAUCCAGAAGACACAAAGGACUGUUAAUGUUUGUUAUACUUGUAGACCUCAUUUUCUUGUAAGUGAUAUAUUUCAAAUAUAACUGUACAGAUCUAUUCAAUAAAAUUAAAGAUUCUAAUUAUUAA